ACAGGGGGUUCUCGCGCGGCCCUGUCCAGACCCUGUCACUGUCCUGGGAUCCCUGCGGGGUGGGGUUGGACAUUGCUAGUCGGUGUCGCCCUAGUGGCAGGCCCGAAGCGGGAUGAUAAGCUGCAGGGAAAGCCAAUGUACACAACACCGUGUUUGAUGAGCGGGAGGAAGCGUGGUGGAAACAGAAAAGUCGGGAUCCGUCAUUCCACGCACCUCCUCGGUGCUUCUCGGCCUGAAAUUGUGUUCCAUACCAAGGACGGAAAUGUUCUGUUCCCCCACUCUCUGUGAAGAACCGCUGAUUUUGAUCACUGCGGCAUAAAGGAGUGUCGGAAUGGCAAAGCAUUGUUCAAAAAAAUCGCCGAACCUCUGAACUCCGGCAUCAGCAAGGUUGAUUAAAGAAAAGAUUUAAGGCUUUCAACAUGCACUUUAAAGCAGACCCAUAAAAUACGCAUCGUGUCUAAGCACGAUUUUAACAGGAGAUCCCAUUACCACAUGCCUUUCGCCUUUAGUGCAUGACUUGAUUUGUAACCUUGGCUUUGAACUCAGAGAAAAAUGUGAUAUUGAUAGCAUUGUCACUCAAAAUGGUGAAGUACUCUGGAAAGCAAUUACAGACCGCGUGCGCUAUGCAGAAUCAGGGCGGAGCCUGGAUUACAGGGAAAGUGUGCGACUGCUGGGUCCUGUCUGUGAGGCCAUCCAUCUACAUACCUUGUCUCUGACCAGGGCACAGUUUGAAAUGAAGUAUUCACCAUGGUUCCAGUGGACAGCCUAUCCAGAGCUGUUUCUUGAAAUAUUUGAUGCCUUGGAAGGCCUGCACUCUGCUGCUAUCUCUCUCGGUGUGAUGAAACUGACCUCCUGUCUGGAGCGAGCCUUAGGUGAUGUGUUUUUACUGAUUGGAAAGGAGUGCCCCUUCCUUCUGAGAGAUCUCCUUGCAUCUGCAGAGCUUGCACAAGUCUUUGGGCACGCUGCGAUGGAUGUACUGAAAGUCUUCAUCGGGUCUCCCUGUGGACUCAACCUGAGGAACAUCCUCUGGCACGGCUUUGCUGCCCCUCAAGACAUCCCUCCAAAGUACUGUUCAGCUAUGCUGUUGUUGACAGCAGGACUGGGCCAGUUGCUGAAGAGCUACCUUCACCAAACGAAAGUCACAUUGGCACAUCGACCUUUUGUCCCUCUUACAAACCUAGAGGACGUGAUUGUUUUUCCUGGUGUUACCUAUGAGGUGCUCUCAGCAGUAGAGAAUACCACGAUGAACUCCGCCUUCGUAUUAAAAGCCAUGUUACCAUAUUGGGAACUGGCAGUGGCCAAGUUCAAGGCGCACAGGUUUGCCGACUGCACCAUGCUGUUGCUGUCACAGCUGGAAGCUGGACUUAGGAGACUUUUUGCUGCAGUUAACAAAUGCCCUGCUAGACUCCUCACGGCCGAGUCAACAAUUCUAUAUACCACAUUUGAUGAAAUUCUGGCAAAGCACUUGAAUGAUGGUAGCAUCAGCCGGCUUCCUCAUUUCCUGGGAGAGCCUGCCAUGGAAUUCUUGUGGGAUUUCCUGAACUAUCAGGAGGGUCCUCGUAUCCGGGACCGUCUAAGCCAUGGGGAGAUCAACUUACGUGAAUUUCCGAGAGAAGCAGCAAGCCAGCUGCUCACGUUCUCCCUGGUGCUUCUGCUCAGGUUCACUGAGGAAGACACGUUGUCAGAGCUGAAGGAGGAAGCAGGAAUACAGUUGCUGGUUAGUCUAGCUGAAGGCUACAGAUCCCGCUGCCACCCAGCCUUCCAGCUUCAAAAACAGGUCCUGAGCUGUGAGGAAAGCCUCAGGAUGUGGGAUGUGCUGCCUUUGCCAGAAGAGCCUCAACAAGAAGCAGCCAGAUUAGAAGAUAAUUCUGAAGCACAUGCUUGCAACUCUUUAAUUAGCAAGAUUCUGUGUGAGCUCUGCCGCCAUGUGCCUGGGAGUACCUGUGCUGUAGGUGGCUCGGAUGGUCUUCCCCCCGAGAGGUGGCCCCAGCUGCUCCAGGAGCUCUGCAGCACAGGCAUUCCUACCCUCUUCUGCCCCAGGCUUGUCCUAGAAGUUGUGGUUGUGCUCCGAGGCAUCAGCUCCCAAUGCCAGCGUGUGUCUGCCCAGGUCAUUGCCUCUUUGCAGCUGAGAUACAGGCAGUGGGUGGAGCGCAAGCUGCGCUCGAGGCAGCGUCAGAACUAUCUGCGCAUGCUUAACAGUAUUAGACUUCUGUCUGCUGGGCUUUACCUGGUUUUGUUGCUCCUUGCACUGGAGUUGGUCAGUGUUCAUGCUGUCCUUGGCAAAAGCACUCCAGAGCGUCAGCACUAUCUCAGGUUCUUAAAGUUGAUUCUGCAGUACACCGAGAACCUCGCAGCCUAUACUAACCAAGAGAAGAACAAAUGGAACGAAGCCAUCAGUCUUACACAUGCAGUUCUGUUGAGAAUUUGGACUUUCAGUGAGAAGAAACAAAUGUUAAUGCAUUUAGCCAAAAACUCCACAAAUCAAGUUGACACAAGUUGACAAAGAAAACAAAAGUCAGGCUCCUUAUGGUCAUAAGAGAAAACUCAAGUGAAUUCAACAGCAGUUGAGUUGGGUAGCAUCCAAAGGUGGGAUGGGUUCUGUGGUCACUCUGGUCAUGGACCAGGAAUGCUGGUAUUCUAGGGGAUAAUGGGACAUUCCAUGGCGUGAAGAAAUAGUUGAAUGUCUAGGAGAGACAGAAGACCAAGACAUGAGAGAGGGAAAGCAACAGCUUCACUGAAGGAAGGACUAUGAGGGGACCCACUGCAGUGGGUAUUUUAAUAGGGCCCCCCGUCCUCAUCUUUCCUUUAGUGGUUCUGUUGAGAGUCUUCCCUCUGCCUGAUGUCUCUUUACACAGUGUCUCCUGGAAACAAGAAGAUGCCAUCCAAGAGAGGCUGCUUUUGCUUUCCCUGUCUACCUCUGUCCCUUUAAUUCUCCCCCAGGGCUCAGGCUGUCCUUUCUCUGAAGCUUUCUGGUUUGGUGUCAUUGUGACCCCUAAGCUAGUCUUAAUGCCUGCAGCAGGUUUGGGUUUUCAUGUCCUCAUGGUGCACAUUGGAGGAUGUGGUCACUGCUUUGCCCCUAGUUGCCCAGAAGCACAUGGCUUCACAUGUCUUGUUAAUCACAUGCUUAUUUUAGAAGCUAUCCUGUAGCUAGAGUCUAGUCAUACAGACAGUGGGGGUGGGCUAGUUACAGUUACCCCUGGGAGCAGGAUCGUGUUCAUCUGUGCUCAUUUCAUGGGCAAGUAAUAAGCACUAGGAACCUGUGAAGGUGGAGGUCACAGAGGUUGGUGAUGGACCCCAGGUCCCCAGUGAACGUUUAGCAACGAAUACAUUUCUAGAUGUGAAGGCUGAGUGUAGGAGGCUCUGAAAAGUUGGAGGAGAAGAAGUCAUUUUCAUUGAAUCCCAAGAGUUCCUUGAAAUGCCACUUGGUUGUUUGAGGAUCUGGGAAGAUAGUCUUCCACCUCAGUUGUAGUGGCCGCGUUGCCUGCAUGUGUGAUAAUGCACUUAGCCAUCCAACCUCAGUGGGUCAUCGCUUCUUGGAUCCACCUUUCAGACCUUGACUGGAUACGUCCUGCAGCCACCAGAGAAAAAUUUCCUGUGACACUGAACUGAGCCAUGGAGAAGACUUUGGGGUGCUUUGUACCAGCUGCACGUUCCGCUUGUUCCUUUGUACUUCUAACCCCACCCCUAACGUACACACCAGUCAGCUUCUGGAUGAAAGAGUAAAAGUACCAAGACACUGUUUAUCAGUUGGAUUUAACACCUUAUUUAAAGGAACAGUACCCUACAUGGUGCCGUAUCUUCAGUGAGUCCUGUGAAAGACACAUGAUCCACACACGUGAAGAUGUAUUUGACAUCUCUUCAAGGGCAUCUUGUUCUUAUGCAUAAUGACUUGUCCUUGUGUGUCAAUCAGGGAUACAUGAUCGUGAGUCCUUUAUUACAUCACUUCAAGGAAAUGUAGUUCAUAUACAUGACGACGUGCCCUGCGUCACAUCAGAGGUCCAUAAUUCAUGCACAAGCCAUUCUCAGCCCAUCACGCCAAGGGUCCAUCUACCCUUUCGUGUGUUGUCAUUUGGUGUAGCACAGCAGGAGGUGUUCUGUUUGUUCUGUUACUGUAGCGUCAAGGUCAGACUUCUUUACUAUGUGGCGUCUCUACCUUUUGAAGUUAACUAAAAAACAGUUUGAUACUUGAACCUUAUAAAUAUCUUUUUACCAUGGACCCUCUCCAAAUGCUGAUAGUUCUUGCCUCUCAACCCACUUUGUUAAUUAAAUGUUUGUUCUAUUUUUUUUUU